ACUAUUUCUGAAUUUUCGAUUAUUUUGAUUGGCAACACCUAUAAGACUUUCAUCAUGUGACGUUUUCAAAAUAGGCAGGCAAAGAAAAAUGAUAACACAGCUUGGAAAAGAUAUUUACAACGCCCAAUAUCGCGUAUUAGACCACAGAGUAUUUGUUAAUGGUGAAAUAGAAGCAUUUCUUAAUAAUUUCGAAGCACAGCGUAACGAUUCUGAAAUAGAAUCUCUAUUUAAAGUGACAGAAACUGUAGGUGCACUCAAAUACGAAAUAUCUGAUAGAUGCAUUAAUCUAGGAGCUGCUAAUUUGAAGGAAAUUACAACAGAACUUAAAAAUCUGUUAGAGAAAGUGGAUACUUUAGUAAAUGAAUUACAAAAACCAAAUGAGCCCAGCGAUAGUUUAAAAGAAGCCCGUUUAAAUAGAGCCCAACGUAAAGAAGACAUUAACAAACAACUUGAACAUAAUUAUCAACGAGUGGAAAACUCCUUUGCUGUAAAGGAAGAAGAAAUUGCAGAAUUGUAUACAGAUUUACAAUUAAAACUUAAUAUACCCAAGUAGUUAUUU